AUGGUAGAGGUCCACCCAGAAGAAUUCCCAGAAAUGGCCAAUCUCGUUCAAGGAGCAGGCCAGGAUGUUCUUGUUGAUCCCCAUCGAGAAUUGCGUUUGGACAUUGAAGGAAUGUCUUAUGAGGACCUUCUUGCUUUGGGUGAGAGGAUCGGCAACGUAAACACUGGUGCAUCAGAAGAAAUAAUUACUUCUCAACUGAAAACAAAAUUAUACACUCCAAACUUCCUUAGUAUUGAUUUGAAUGAGUUACCUCCGGAAGAUCACGAAUCAGACACUUGCAUUAUAUGCCAAGAUGAAUUUAAAUAUCGCGAUAAUAUUGGAACAAUUCAAUGCGGGCACGAAUUUCAUGCUGAUUGCAUUUCUGAGUGGUUGAUGCUGAAAAACGAAUGUCCUAUUUGCAAAUCAGAAGCCAUAACAAAAAAAGAUUGA